UGCUCAGUCAGAGCUGCUGGAGAGUCACUGACAUCCUGACAGAGGAAAAAGAACAACACGCCGUCUGUUUCAGCGCCUCAGUAGGAUCAUCUGGAUGAUGAACAGGAUAGGCGUCCCCUCGGGGCAGGAGCUCACGGAUGAAGAAAAAGAGCUCAUCAACAGCGUUCUGGCUCGAGCAGCCAUGAUGGAGGUCAUGGAACAAGAGAGGAUUGACCGUCUCUCCAAUCGCUUGGAUGAUAUCAAGAAGACAGCCCUUGGUGAUGGUCAGUCACACUGUCUGCUGUGUGGGGCGUCGUUCGGACCACAGGGAGUCACAGCUGUUCUCUGUGUGCAGUGCAACAAGUACAUGUGUAGCAAAUGUGGGAUCUGGAGCAACAGCAGGACUUGCCCCAUGUGGCUGUGCAGAAUCUGCAAUGAACAUCAAGAGCUACACAAACGUUCAGGCGCGUGGUUCUUUAAGGGCAGAGAGCAGCAGGGGUUGCCUGCCCCCCUCCCCCUGUCCACACCUCCACAGUCCAGCUCUGAGGUUUGUUCUGCUCCUUCAGCAAACCCUGACAGACCACGGCAACCGACCACACGUUAUCAUCCAAGACAGCUGCAGCAGCAGCAGCAGCAGCAGCAGCAGCAGCAGCAGCAGCAGUCCUGUGGAUCAGAACAAUGGGAGCAGACGCCAAGAACAACAGCUGACGGCUGUAAUGAGGGUCAGACACGUCCAGCAGCUGUAAUGAAGACAGACGCACAUGUGUCUGCCUCCAAACCACUGGGUCCAAACGCACAGUGGGCCCCCUUGCCCUCAGAUGUGGUGAACACACAUUCAGAGAGGGAAGACACGGUGUCGCCUCCUGUGGUGGAACCUGGUAUCUCUGCUUCCAUUUGGUCUCAUCUUCCCGCAGCCAGGACCUCUGCACCUGACGCAGCUGCCAACAGUCUUGUAUCCCCGAGAACAACACCUGAUCCAAGAGAGGAAGAAGACGAUGACUACGACUCAGACGACGCCACUACUCUGGGAUCUCUGGAGUUCAGUCUUCUUUACGAACAGCAGAACCACACCCUACACUGCUGCAUCAUUAAAGCCAAGGGUUUGAAGCCCAUGGACUCAAAUGGACUUGCUGACCCAUAUGUGAAGCUGCACUUGUUACCUGGAGCCAGUAAGUCGAACAAGCUUCGCACCAAGACUCUGAAACACACUCUGAAUCCUGUGUGGAAUGAGACACUGAUCUACCACGGCAUCACCGACGAUGAAAUGUCGCGCAAAAGUCUUCGCCUGUCUGUGAGUGAUGAGGACACGUUUGGACACAAUGAAUUCAUAGGAGAGACACGAGUCGCUCUGAAGAAACUGACGUUCAACCAGAAGAAGAACUUCAGUGUGUGUUUGGAGAGAGUCAUCCCGGUGAAGAAGGCUGUCGGAGGCUCGGCCCGUGGCAUGGCUCUCUAUGAGGAUGAUCUGAAUGAAGGUGAGGAUUCUGGGGAAAGAGGUCGUAUCCUGGUGUCGCUGACGUACAGCAGUCAGCAGGGUCGUCUCAUAGUGGGCGUGGUCCGCUGUGCUCACCUGGCUGCCAUGGACUCCAACGGUUACUCGGAUCCCUUCGUCAAAGUAUAUCUGAAGCCAGACAUGGGAAAGAAAGCGAAAAACAAGACACAGACAAAAAAGAAGACCCUCAAUCCAGAGUUUAAUGAGGAGUUCAGCUAUGAAAUAAAACAUGCUGACCUCGCCAAGAAAACCCUGGAAAUCUCAGUCUGGGACUAUGACAUGGGCAAGUCAAAUGAUUUCAUUGGAGGAUGUCAGCUGGGCAUCCAGGCUAAAGGAGAAUGUCUGAAGCACUGGUACGAAUGCCUGAAGAACAAAGACAAGAAGAUUGAGUGCUGGCAUAUCCUGCUGAAUGACAGCAGUGUUCAUUUUGAGGAUUAAAAUCUCCUCUCCCGUGUAUUUGCUGCCUCUCCUUUUCUCCCCGUUGGAUAGAAUCUGUCUGUGAGCAAAGGAAGAGCGAUUUUAUCCUCUUGCUUUUGUGUGGGAAACUUGUGACGUACAAGCUGCAGCAGUUUACAGGUGAUGGAUGUGGAUGUUUAAUCCUGGAGCUCUUUCAAAGACCACAAAACAAAAGUGAUAUCGCAGCAUAAGAAGUGUGAAGUUAUGAUCAUAAUCACGUCACCUCCAAGUUUAUCUCACAUUUACAAACAGGUGUAUUGAUCAGUUGUACGAGACCAUACACUGAUUGGUGUGACCGCCCCUUUAAGUGCUCCAUUCACCAGAACGUGGCUGUGAAUAAUGAUAAUAAUGAUAAUGAUGAUAAUGAUGAUAAUAAUGAUAA